UCAGCUAUAUCUAUAAAUACCUAAGCACAUAUGCUCUUCCUCUCAUGCCAGUCUUUUGAAGGACAAGAAGCGUACAUUAAAGCUUUUGCUAAUUGCACCAUUUCAACACUAAGUUGUUCUCUCACCUCCCAAAAUGUCUCACCAAAUUUCCAUGGCUACUACUCAAACCCAAAAUCCAGAUGCUAAUGUAUAUCGUCGCUUAGCAAAUUAUCGACCAAGCUUAUGGGGAGACCAUUUCCUCUCUUAUUCUAAUAAAUCCGAGGAAACCAUUGAUGACUUGGAGCAAGUUCAACGGUUGAAGGAAGAAGUGCAAAGAAUGUUGAUGGCUCCGAUCGAUAAUCUUCUAGAAAAGUUGGAGUUGAUUGAUGCAAUCCAACGCUAAGGAGUGUCUUACCAUUUUGAAGGUGAGAUUGAUGAAGUAUUACAACAAAUUCACAGGAAACAUCAUACGUGUGAUGUCCAAGAAAGUGAUGAUGCUCUUUACACCGUUGCACUUCAUUUUCGAUUACUUAGACA